CUUUCUUCUUUGGAACUGCUAACUAAAAACUGAGGCAGACUGGUUAAAACCCUAAACCCACCAUUGCCCUUCGCGUCAGGAUUGUCUGAUUUGGAAAGAAAAAAGGGCAUAGUAUCAGAUUGGGCAUGAAUUAGUGAAGAUGCUCCUAAGAAAACAAGGAAUACGUCAUUUAGACGGAUUCUGUAGCAUUUACAAUUUUUCUAAGAGGUUUUCAUCCUCGCCAAAUGGGCCUUCUUCUGGACUUGAUGGGAAAGUUGAUUCCUCUGACGGUGGGGUUAAUUGUGAUAACCCGAGGAAAGUGGAGGGUGUGAGACAAGUGGUGGAUGGUGUGUGCCAAGUCCUGGAGGGUGGUCCUUGGGGACCUGCCCUUGAGAAUGCUCUAUCUGCGCUUGACGAAAAACCUCAGUCCGACUUAGUUAUUGGAGUCUUAAGGAGGCUGAAAGAUGUCGGUCAAGCAAUUAAUUAUUUUCGGUGGUGUGAGAAACAAACUGAGCAAGCACACUGUCCAGAAGUGUACAAUUCACUUCUCCUGGUCAUGGCCAGGAGUAGGAAUUUUAAUAGCUUGGAACAAGUUCUGGAAGAAAUGAGUAUUGCAGGAAUUAGUCCAUCAAAUAAUGCAUGUGUUGAGUUAGUUGUGAGCUGUGUCAGGUCACAGAAACUGGGAGAAGCUUUUAAUCUACUGCAAACCAUGAGGAAGUUCAAAUUCCGCCCAGCAUUUUCAGCCUAUUCAACUCUGAUUGGAGCUCUGUCGACAAUUCCUGAACCUGAUCGAAUGCUGACUCUCUUUCAUCAAAUGCAGGAGCUAGGUUAUGAAGUCACCGUGCAUUUAUUUACAACUCUUAUUCGUGUAUUUGCCAAGGAAGGUCGAGUUGACGCUGCCCUCUCCUUGUUGGAUGAGAUGAAGAGCAACUUUUGUGAUGCAGAUAUUGUUCUUUAUAAUGUGUGUAUAGACUGCUUUGGCAAGAUGGGUAAGGUGGAUAUGGCCUGGAAAUUCUUUCAUGAAAUGAGAAUGAACGGCUUGAUGCCUGAUGAUGUGACAUAUACUAGCAUGAUAGGUGUUCUCUGCAAAGCUGAGAAACUAGACGAAGCAGUUAAGGUGUUUGAGGAGAUGGAUGCCAACAGGAAAGUACCUUGUGUGUAUGCUUAUAACACCAUGAUCAUGGGCUAUGGUUCUGCUGGAAAGUUCGAUGAAGCAUACAGCUUAUUUGAGAGGCAAAAAAGAAAGGGGUGCAUUCCGAGUGUAAUUGCAUAUAAUUGUGUUCUCACUUGCCUGGGGAAGAAGGGGAGAUCUGAAGAAGCGUUGAGGGUUUUUAAUGAGAUGAAGACAGAUGCAGCACCCAAUAUUUCAACAUAUAACAUUUUAAUAAACAUGCUUUGCAAGGCAGGUAAUGUUGAGGCUGCUCUGCGGGUUCAGGAUGAUAUGAGAGAAGCUGGCUUAUAUCCUAAUGUGAUGACUGUAAACAUAAUGAUUGAUCGACUCUGUAAAGCACAGAAACUUGAUGAAGCAUGUUCUAUAUAUGAAGGAAUGGAUCAUAAAGUUUGCAUGCCAGAUGCAGUCACAUUCUGUUCUCUUAUAGAUGGCUUGGGAAGACGUGGAAGAGUGAAUGAUGCCUAUAGACUUCAUGAAAAAAUGCUAGAUUCUGAUCAGAUUCCAAAUGCUAUAGCAUACACAUCUCUCAUCAGGAACUUCUUCAAGUGUGGCAGGAAGGAGGAUGGUCACAAAAUAUACAAAGAAAUGGUGCGCAGGGGUUGCUCUCCUGACCUGAUGCUCCUUAAUACCUACAUGGAUUGUGUUUUCAAAGCUGGUGAAACAGACAAAGGUAGGUCUUUGUUUGAGGAGAUUAAGGCUCAAGGAUUCAUCCCUGAUGUGAGGAGCUAUUCAAUCUUAAUUCAUGGCCUUGUCAAAGCAGGUUUUGCACAUGAAACCUAUAAAUUAUUUCAUGCAAUGAAAGAACAGGGUUGUGAAUUGGACACUCGAGCUUACAAUGCCGUCAUUGAUGGAUUCUGCAAAUGUGGAAAGGUGAAUAAAGCAUAUCAGCUGCUGGAGGAAAUGAAAACUAAGGGUCAGCAACCCACUGUUGUAACCUAUGGUUCUUUGAUUGAUGGGCUUGCCAAGAUUGAUAGACUUGAUGAAGCGUACAUGCUUUUUGAAGAAGCAAAGUCGAAAGGAGUAGAAUUGAAUGUAGUUGUUUAUAGUAGUCUUGUCGAUGGAUUUGGGAAGGUGGGGAGAAUUGAUGAAGCAUAUCUAAUCAUGGAAGAGUUGAUGCAAAAAGGUUUGACACCUAACGUGUACACGUAUAAUUCCUUGCUCGAUGCACUUGUGAAAGCUGGCGAAAUUGAUGAAGCCAUUUUAUGCUUUCAAUCCAUGAAGGAUUUGAACUGUACACCCAACAGUUUUACUUAUAAUAUUCUCAUACAUGGUCUUUGUCGAGUUAGAAAAUUCAACAAGGCUUUUGUAUACUGGCAAGAAAUGAAGAAACAGGGAUUGAAUCCCAACACAGUCACCUACUGUACCAUGAUCUCUGGACUUGCAAAAGCUGGGAACGUAAGGGAUGCUGCUGGGCUUUUUGAAAGGUUUAAGGCUAGUGGUGGUAUUCCAGAUUCUGCUUGUUAUAAUGCUAUGAUAGAAGGUUUAAGCAGUGGAGAUAAGGCAAUGGAAGCAUAUGCACUUUUUGAGGAAACUCGGCGGAAAGGCUGUAGUAUUAAUACCAAGACAUGUGUUGUUUUAUUGGACGCACUGCACAAGGCUGAAUGCCUUGAACAGGCAGCAAUAGUGGGUGCUGUACUGAGGGAAACUGCAAAGUCUCAGCAUGCAUCAAGAUCAUGGUAACACUGGAUAUUGUACAAUUUACUGGAGGGAUAGUAGUUGUGCCUCACUUAGUGGUAAAAAGGGUCUUCUCAUGCCUUCAUGCUGAUGAGCAAAUAUUAGGGAAUGAGAGAUAUUUUGUCUGAAAAGUCUUCAUCCCAUCAAUUCCUUAACAGAUUGCAGUGACUCCCUGCAGAGGCUUCUAACCGUCAGAAUUUUAGGAUGCUGGUGUGUCUACUGUAUUUUCGCUAUGCUCUAUGAUGUCUUUUGGCAGAAGCGCACAUUAUAGUUUCCUGGUUUUUCCUGCUGAUGUUUGUUUGGCAGAUUUUUUAUAUUCAACUUUAUAAAUCUCGAGAAAAAACAAUGCGGUCUCUAGUAUGGAUGUUGUACCGUGAGUUCUAUUGAUAAAUGGCUUUCCCGAGAUCCUCAGAUACAUGUAUUGACCAAACACUUAUGGAUGCAGGUAGACUUUCGGGUUUUCAGUUGCCGGGUGUCAAGGAAUCUAAGUUCGAAUUGACUAUAAUAACUGCAGUUGCAGCUAUGCACCUAACAGCAUCAACCAUUAAUGAUUCCAUGGACAUGAGUUUGUUUCGAGAACCAGUGGUGCUUGAUUACAGAGCCUUGCUAAUAAUUCCGGAUAUUCACUCGAGAAUUGCCGGUAGCAACCAUGAAGUACUCUGCAGCAAAUGUAAAUGUAGAACAUCCCCCCCAACCAUCACAGGACAAUUUUGUUUUUAUAUCUUAUAGGCAUAUACUUGAAGGGCCGGCCAUCUUCUUCACCAAUUUUUUUGUAAUCUUUUAGCAUAGAUAAGUGAUGUAUGCUAAUCUUUGUUUUUAUACUCGUUAGCAUAGCCAGUUUCCUUUGUCCUACUAGGCUACUACCAUGGAACAAUAAUCUUCAGCAUCAUCACAUCUUGUAUUUGAACCUAAGUUUUCUGUGGCUGCUACGCUAUAACCAUCGUGUUCUUGGACCUGUUUUUCUCUCGAAA